AUGGCGGUCUUCUUCAAGACACCAGAGUAUCUUAAGAAGACAGGCUAUGCUAAUGUCACCGACCCAGAAGAUGGCGUCUUCCAAUAUACAAAGGAUUACAAGGGAGACUUAUUCGCAUAUUACAAUGACAAUCCUCGCGAAGGAGCCUCCUUCAAUCAUGUUAUGGGCGGUGUCAUGGCGGACCAGGCCACCUGGCUAGACAUUAUACCACCAGAGAGCUUCUUGAAUGGUGUCGAUCCCAGUCAGCCGCUCGUGGUCGAUGUUGGUGGAAACAUUGGCCAUGACAUUGAGAAGUUCCGGCAAGUAUACCCAGACACAGCUGCUCAACUAUAUCUUGAAGACAGACCGGCGGUCAUUGAACUGUCCAAGUGUCCGGAUCCUGUGAACAAGAUACCGCACGAUUUCUUCCAGGAGCAGCCAAUCAAGGGUUCUCGCAUCUAUUACAUGCAUUGUGUUUUGCACGACUGGUCUGAUGAGCCAGCAAACAGGAUUUUGAACGCACUUCAAAGUGCACUCAAGCCUGGAUACAGCAAGCUUUUGAUUCACGAUCAUGUUGUGCCGGAUACAAUGGCACACCCUCAUGCGACCUCUUAUGACUUGAACAUGAUGGUUCUGGUCGCGGGACAGGAGAGGACUGAGACCGAGUGGCGUACAUUGCUUCAGUCCGCAGGAUACAACGUUGUCCAGGUGUGGCGGUCACCAUUGGCGGCCCAGGCUAUUGUAGAGGCAGAGCUGGCCUAA